AUGCAGAGCAGGUUCCUUGCCCUGCGCUCCUGGGAAUUGGCUGGAGACUGGAUUUCCACCGUGGGCACGUGGGGUGCGGUGGGCACUGUGGGGCUGCCGUGGUCCAUCGACUGGCGGCUGAUUCUGGACUGGGUGACCUACAUCAAGGGCAAGUUUAAGAAGGAUGAUUAA